UGUAGUUCGAACGCCGCUCGGCCCUCGGUGCUCUGAACCGUUAGCCACGUUACGCACAAACUUAUUCUAUUUUCGACAUGAAUCCAAAGUGUUUUUGAUCCGCAUCCUGCGUCAGCGUGAUCGCUGUAUUUGGACGCCGGUGUAAAGGAGAUGGAUCAUCAGCCCGGCUGGAUCAGUUUAGAGAGCAGCUUGUUUUGAAUGGCUUUUGUUUUCCUGCCCGAAUCGCCUGGAACUCCACGCAAGGAGAAAGGGGAGCUAGCGAGGCUAAGCUGUUAGCAGGCUAAUCACUUCCUUGUUGCACACCGGAGUGUGAUUGGAGGCGAGAAGAAGUUUCAAAGGGAACGUUUUUCAUUUUCUGCAAUGUAACACUGUCUGCUGAAUAAUCUUAAAGAGUCGAGUGGAUUUUACUGUAAAAGAAUAACUCUCUUUCUUAAUAACUUGAGCUUUUAUGGGCCUCUGUGGGCGAUUCAAUGGAAUGCGACUGUGAACCAGAGCGGUUAGCUAGAGAAAGCUAGCUGGUUAAAGAGAUUAGCAUUGGCUAACAAAUUCUUGGAGACAGCCAACCCGGAGCACAAUGCUCGAGUGCCGACUGCUUUUUUGACUCCUCAAUAGAUUAUAUGAGGGUGGGGGGUGUGGUUUGUUCUUUUCUUUUGUCACCAAUUAUCGUCAUUCGUUGGAAAUUACUCCGGACUCUUUGUUGUGCUAGCUGUGGAAUGGAAACGCUAAGCUUUUGAUCCUGCUAGCCUGACGUCAGCCAAGUAGCCUGUUACACCGAUGGCCAAAUGUUUUGUUUAGCAACACGUCGGCGUAUAUAUUUUUAACACAACACGUCUUCGUAUUCCGAACUCGGUAGUAGCUUUGUUUUUUUUUUUUAUCUGGAAGCUAAAUGCCCAAUUCGGAGGUGCUCCGCGAGGGUCGCGGACGGAGCCCCUCUGAACAGCGACAUGCUAACAAGCAGGACAGGAGGAGUAAGCCGGGGAGCACACAGCGAGACAGGCACAGGGAGAAGAGGCGAUCAGCGGUCGGCCGGAAAAAGAAACGCAGGCAGAGGAACAGAUCCCUGUGGCCCAUCGGUGCGACAGAACAAGCUCAAAACAACCGAAAAGGCGCUUUCGAUAAAGAGCUCGAACUUCAGACUCUAGUGGAGUAUGACGAUGUUAGCUCUCAGUCGGAGCGGUUCUCUGGAAGCCCGUCUCCUAAACUUUACCCUCAUACCGACAGUUUGUCAGUGGAUCGACUUAGCGACGUAGAUUUGGGGGAGUUUAACGGACCAGCAUCCCCAGUAAGAUCCCAACUGGGGGUUCAGGAGACAGUAUGCCUGACUAAAGAUGGCAUAACAAGAGGACAAUCGACGAAGAACAAGCAGGGAAAAGAGAGUACUAGAAAGAAGGAUCGCCACAGCCGUGAGAGAGACUCCUCAAAAGUCAGGGGUGGGAGUAGUCUGGGUAGCUCAAGGAAUCACAGAGACACCACAAAGACUGGGGACAGGAAUGGCAGAAGGACUUCCUCAUCUCAGACCUCCCAAUCUGCAGACAAAAAGGAUCCAAAAAGGCACAAAAGUAAAACAAGGUCCGAGAAAGAGCCUCCAUCUGCCUACAGAGAAGCUCCACAAGCUUACAGAGAUGAUCGGGAGGAGCUCAAGGGGUACAGGAGAAGCCCUGGGUUUAAAGCAGACAGUCCCUAUGGGACAGCCUAUACAUACAGCUACCAGUCCCCUGGUGGGUUCAACCAGGUGAUAUCUAGAAGGAGUCCAACAUUCGGAAGUAAAAAACUUUCCCCCAGUUCCACUUAUUAUAGCCGGGACUCGGAUGUAUAUGGAGCGUAUGGUGUUACAAAGUCACCCAGUUCUUAUUCCAGCAACAAGAGGAAGCGGUCUCCAUCCAGUCCAGUUAACUGGCGAAGGUCACCCAGUUUUAGCAGACAUAGUCCAUACGAGCAGGGGGAGUUCGCUCCAAGUCCUUAUGGGAAUCGGAGAAGAUCCCGAAGCCCUUACAGGAAGUCCGUCAGUCCAAGUCCAGAUGUCAGACGAUCUGCUAGGUCCCGAAGCAGAAGUCCAUAUUCAAUAUCAAGGCAUUCGCGUUCCCACAGCCGCCACCGGCACUCUCGAUCCCGCAGUCGCCCCUCCAGCCUCUCGCCGAGCACUCUCACCUUCAAAUCCAGCCUUGCCGCCGAGCUCAGUAAGCAGAAGAAAGCCAAAGCAGCAGAGGCCGCUGCCAAGGCCAAGAACUCGAGCAGCACGUCUACACCGACCAAAGGUUCUUCAUCUGCUCCUCAGCCAAGUCCCAAGUUGAACCACAUAACCAGGAAGGGGCGUCCGCCCUCUCCACCUCCACCAGAGAAGGGACCCAGAACGCCAUCAUCCAGCCGGCCGCAGUCCCCUUCAGAUAAGUUGCCCAAGAAGACUAUAGAACGUCAGACCAGCAAGGACAGGGAUGGGAAGGUGAGAGAUGAUUCUAUACACAGAGACAAGAGGAAAGUGGGAGCAUCAGGACCGAUCAAAGACAAGGAACGAGCUGCAGCGCCAGUUAUUUCUACACUGCCACCUCUACCAAUGCCCCCAACAGUUGAAAACUUGGAUAAAGGAGAAAGUUUUAAGGAGACCUCAGUAAAGAAGAAGACGGAGAAGAAGCCCCGGCAGCUCCUGACCGACCUGCCUCUGCCGCCUGAGCUGCCUGGCAGCACCUCGUCCCCGCAAAACUCGCCUGAGGACAAAAAGUCCCAAACGCUUCGUCGAAGACCAAGAAUCUGUGGUCCAAGAUUUGGUGAAAUUAAAGAAACAGAGAUUUAUUGGGGAAAGCGAUGCGUGGACAAGUUUGAGAUCAUUGGAAUAACAGGGGAAGGGACCUACGGUCAAGUUUACAAAGCUAAGGACAAAGACACUGGUGAGAUGGUGGCUUUGAAAAAGGUUCGACUGGACAAUGAAAAAGAAGGUUUUCCAAUCACCGCCAUUAGAGAGAUUAAAAUUCUGCGACAGCUCAAUCACAAGAGCAUCAUAAACAUGAAGGAGAUCGUCACCGACAAGGAAGAUGCUCUGGACUUUAAGAAUGAUAAAGGCGCUUUUUAUCUAGUAUUCGAGUACAUGGACCAUGACCUGAUGGGCCUGCUGGAAUCAGGACUGGUUCACUUUAACGAGAACCACAUCAAGUCCUUUAUGCGGCAGCUACUAGAGGGCCUGGAUUACUGCCACAAGAAGAACUUCCUUCACAGAGACAUCAAGUGCUCCAAUAUACUGCUCAAUAACAAAGGUCAAAUAAAGCUGGCAGACUUCGGACUUGCUCGUCUGUACAACUCUGAAGAGAGUCGUCCAUACACCAAUAAAGUGAUCACACUGUGGUACCGUCCACCAGAGUUGCUUUUGGGGGAGGAGCGGUAUACACCGGCUAUUGAUGUAUGGAGCUGUGGAUGCAUUCUGGGAGAACUCUUCACAAAGAAGCCCAUCUUUCAAGCUAACCAGGAGCUCGCACAGUUGGAGCUCAUCAGCCGAAUCUGUGGCAGCCCUUGUCCUGCUGUUUGGCCAGAUGUCAUAAAGCUUCCCUUCUUUAACACCAUGAAACCAAAGAAGCAAUACCGGAGACGCCUACGGGAAGAGUUUGCUUUCAUCCCACCGUCUGCCCUGGACCUCUUCGACCACAUGCUGAACCUGGACCCAAGCAAGCGCUGCACUGCUGAGCAAGCACUGGGCAGCGAGUUCCUGAAGGAUGUAGAUCCAGACAAAAUGCCUCCUCCAGAUCUUCCCCUUUGGCAGGAUUGUCACGAGCUGUGGAGUAAGAAACGUCGCAGACAGAAGCAGAUGCCUGAAGAGCUGGUGGCCCCCAAGGCUCCCCGGAAAGAGCUUGGCCUCGAUGACAGCCGCAGCAACACUCCGCAGGGUUUUUCUGCCCCGGGGGGCAUCAAGGCACCAAAUGCAGCCGCUUCUGCUCUGCUAGAACCAAAGGGUCCAAAUUCCCAGUUCACCCAGGAGCAGUUGGCGGUCCUCUUGAACCUACUGGGCCAGCCCAAGAGUACAAUCAACACAGCCCAGUUUGUUCAGUCCAUGAGUACAAAGGUUAACCAGGAGGCCCUGCAGCAGCUCACUAAAGCCUUAGCUCCUUCUGACCCAUCCGAACCCACGGCCCAGCCCACCCCCACUAAGCCCCCACAGCCUCCUGCUCCAGCAGGAGUCCCGCGCACACCUCCGAUGCCCAAGCCUCCUUCGCCCCCCAUGUCCGCACCGCCCAGCAUUCAAGAGGGCGAGACGGCAGCCGCCACGCAGACGGCUGUGACCAUGCUGCUAGCUCAGCUGCUCCAGGCUCAGCAGGCUCAGAGGCAGGAAGCGAGUGAUGGCGGGGAGGUUGGAGAGAGCACCAACCCUGCUGCUGCCGCACUCCCACCACCAACACUUCCACCAGCAGACGUCCAACAGCCUCCAGAACCCAGUCCAGUUUCUCCAGUUUCUGAGGUUGGUGGCAUGUCCAUCCUCCCCCCAGACCAGCGCCCCCCUGAACCUCCAGAACCACCUCCACACGCCGAUCUGGAUUACCGGCAACCACCGCCAGAGCCCAAGCUGGGUCAUGCUCCCCCGAUUGCUUCUUCAAGCGGGAGUGAUGGCGGGCGGCCCCCAGAGCCUGACUACCCCCCUCUUCCUUCUGCGGAGGGCUCUGCGUACAGCCAUCCUCCUCCUCCGCCGUUCACUCCUGCAAGCUUCAGGGACAGCUACAUGGGGCACAUGCUGGGUGGAGGCCUACCGUCUCACACUCUGAGGGAAGUUUUCAGCGGGCCAGGACAGGCCGGCGGAUCCUCAAACAGUGCCGGGGUUCUGCCACCAGCCCACCCAGACCAGUUCCCACCUGGAACAGCAGUAGCUGCAACAUCUGGACCCAGCAGCCUGCUGUUCAGUGGGGACAAGGACCACAGAUUCGAGUACAAUCACAGUCCUUUACCUGUGGAGGGACAGCCCAACCCCGGCGCCAUCCACAUGUACAACCAUGCCAUGGCUAGAAAGGAUGGGGUUCCUCCCCCGCCUCCUAUCCCAGCACCAGGACAGCCCUGGGGGUCUCCAUCUCAAAUCGGGGCACCACCUCUCCCCCUUGGGUUUGUUCCACAUGUGAAUUCCACAGCAGCAAUCAGAGGAAGAGGGCUGCCUUUCUGAAAACCUGGAAACUUUUCAUGCAACGAAAGACAGGCGGCUGUUCAACUGCGGAACCGUUUUGUUUUUAGUCGGAUGGAUCUGCUGAUGCAAAUUCCGUUUUAAUAAAUUAAUUCUGUGUAAAGCGUUGUAUUUUCCCUUGAUCUGGAAUAUGUUGCAGAAGGACAAAUGAAUAACACCACGAGCUUUUCUCGCUCAUACUGUUUUCAUAUUUUUUGUAAUUAUUUUGCUGUCUUUUAAAUUAAACUUUUACCUUUUUUUGUUUUUGGAUGUACAGUGUCAGGCCGGGUAAAAUUUAAUCUCUACCUUUAGCCUUUCUGUAAUAACCUGAGGAAGAGUAGUAUUAUUGUUUUGCACUACUGACCAAAGUAGGCAGAAACUAUUUUGGCAAUGAAAGGAAACGGAUGCACACUUAUUGUGACUGAUGUGGUGUCGACUUUUGGCUGAGAACUUCAGUGCAGGGAGUUUAUUGUAGGACUGAGACUGGGUAGCACUUGUACAACCACAGCACAUCCCAUCUUGCAUCAUAAAGAUUUGGAAAACCAUGGAAAUACUCGGCAGUGUCAAAGAAACAAAUUGGCGAGAGAAACAAACUGAUCCAGAAGUUUUUUUUUGUUUUUCUUUUUUGUACUAAAAUGAUUUGUCCUCCUCCCUUGUCCUUUGGCAGAUGUUUAUUAAAGAAAUGCCAACAGUG